GAGGUAAGUGUUGACACAAGUACAGAGGGCACAGCGUGUGUGUUAGCCGGAGAGUUCAACACUAAAUCACAGAGGCCCAUGAAUAUGGAGGCACAGGUACCAGGAUCUUCACAUGUACCGGGCAGAAGAGGCGCAGAAGAUGGAGCAAAGAUCAGAAGAAAAAGACAGAGGCGUCAAUUUGGGGAGGAGAAAGAUGGUGCCCAGGAAAGUGUAGCCUUGGCUUCUAGUGAACAGGAAGACGUAUAUAUUGGUUUACAGGAAACUGUAGAAAGUGAUGCCCAGGAGGUUCAAGUUCCUACCAAACAGGAAAGUGUUGGAGGUGACCAGGAAGAUGUCACUGUACAUGGAAGUGUAGGUGGUGGUGACCAGGACACUGAGGAGCCCAGUGCACAUGAAGUUGUAGGUGGUGGUGCCAAGCAAGAUGUGGCUCCAGGUACACAGGAAAGUGUAGAUAGCAGUGCCCAGGAAGAUGUGGCUCCAAGUACACAGGAAAGUGUAGAUAGCAGUGUCCAGCAAGAUGCAGAUUCAACUACACAGGAAAGUGUAGAUAGUAGUGCCAAGCAAGAUGUGGCUCCAGGUACACAGGAAAGUGUAGAUAGCAGAGUCCAGCAAGAUACAGAUCCAACUACACAGGAAAGUGUAGAUAGUAGUGGCCAGGAAGAUGUGGCUCCAGGUACACAGGAAAGUGUAGAUAGAAGUGCCGAGGAAGAUGUGGCUCCAACUACACAGGAAAGUGUAGAUAGUAGUGCCCAGGAAGAUGUGGAUCCAACUACACAGGAAAGUGUAGAUAGUAGUGCCGAGGAAGAUGUGGCUCCAGGUACACAGGAAAGUGUAGAUAGUAGUGCCCAGGAAGAUGUGGAUCCAACUACACAGGAAAGUGUAGAUAGUAGUGCCGAGGAAGAUAAGGCUUCCGAUGCACAGGAGGGUGUAGAUGCCCAGGAAGAUGUGAUCCCCAGUGCACAGGAAAUUGUUGAAGAAAAAGUUGCCAGCGUUGAUAACACAGAUGCUAAGAAAGGUGAGUGUAGUAGUGAGUCACAUGUUGGUGCUCCCCCACAAAUAGGAUCAGAUAGUAAUGUACAGGACGGUGCUCCCCCACAGAUAGGAUCAGAUAGUAAUGUACAGGACGGCGCUCCUCCACAAAUAGGAUCAGAGAGUAAUGUACAGGACGGCGCUCCCCCACAAAUAGGAUCAGAGAGUAAUGUACAGGACGGCGCUCCCCCACAAAUAGGAUCAGAGAGUAAUGUACAGGACGGCGCUCCCCCACAAAUAGGAUCAGAUAGUAAUGUACAGGACGGCGCUCCCCCACAAAUAGGAUCAGAUAGUAAUGUACAGGACGGCGCUCCCCCACAAAUAGGAUCAGAUAGUAAUGUACAGGACGGUGCUCCCCCACAGAUAGGAUCAGAUAGUGAUGUACAGGACGGCGCUCCCCCACAGACACAAGAAGGGCCCAAUAUUAUUGCACGUGAUGUCUCUCAGCAGCGAGCAGACGAGUACAAAGCUAAUGCAAACACAUCCUAUUGUAGCUUAAGGAUUCUGAUGGGGCUUUUAGUCCUGAUCUUGUUGCUGAUCUUAUUACUGAUCAUGAUUUAUAUGUAUGAUAUAUCGGGCUUUGACCUGGUACUAAGGUUUAGGAUUCUCAGUAGAAAUCACAAGGGGGGCCCACCUAUAUUCUAGACCAGUGAUUCUCAACCAGGGUGUCGUGGUUGAGAUUCCUGAAAGUGAUUACUGCUUAAGAGGGGCUUAUAUGAGGGGUCUAAUAUAAUUACUACUUUGGGGGGGAGAUACGAGUCCUGAAUGUAAUUACUAGAGAUGAGCGAACUUACAGUAAUUCAAUUAGUCACGAACCUUACCACUCAGCGUUUGCUGACUUUAGC